UUCCUCCUCUCGUCCUCUCUCUUUCUCUGCCACGCUCCCGGACAGCUGGGUACUAUCGCUGCUGCCUCUCUCUCCCGGCAGCUGUCACAUCUCCCCCGCUCACACCAUGGUCGGGGCUCUCGUCCUGCUUCUGCUCUGCUCCUCUGCACUGAUCAGGGCGGAGACCGAGGAAACGGAGAGUGAUAAUAUCACCGAUCUAGUUAUUGAGACUCUGGAGAAGCCAGAGUCGUGUGUGGACACAGUGGCGUGGGGUGAUACUAUCCAACUUCACUACACGGGAAGGCUUGAUGAUGGCCAUGUGAUUGACAGUUCAUUAUCACGAGAUCCACUUGUGGUGGUACUUGGGAAAAAGCAAGUGAUACCAGGUCUAGAGAAGAGUCUUCUGGGAAUGUGUGUGGGAGAGAAACGUAAAGUGAUUAUCCCCCCUCAUAUGGCAUACGGAAAAAGAGGAUUCCCACCUUCUAUACCAGGUGACGCUGUGCUGCAAUUUGAGACUGAAGUAAUAUCAUUGUCUAAACCCUCACAGUGGCAGACUCUGGUGAAUGAUGUGCUCCCCAUGCUGGCCAUCGCCUUAGUGCCCACACUCUUGGGGUUGAUUGGCUACCAUCUAUACUCCAAGACUAAGAAACCAACAGUAUCCAAGAAGAAACUGAAGGAGGAGAAAAGGAACAAAGCUAAAAAGAAAUAAAGAACUCUAAUUUCAUAAGA